GUUGCCAAUAUGGCAGCACUUCAACUACCUCGAAUGCCGCGUGAAGAGAGCCGCAUUUACGUUGGAAACCUGCCUCCGGAUGUUCGCGAAAAAGACAUCGAAGAUCUCUUUUCAAAAUACGGAAAGAUUCGAUUCAUUGACAUAAAAGGAGGUCGUGGACCCCUGUAUGCCUUCAUCGACUUCGAUGACCCUCGCGAUGCUGACGAUGCUAUCCGUGGUCGUGACGGCUACGAUUUUGACGGUUGUCGCAUUCGAGUAGAAUUUACGCGAGGCGUUGGACCUCGUGGGCCAGGCGGUCGUCCAUUGAAUGGUGGAUACGGAGGAGGCAGAGAAUUCAGUGGUCCACGCCGUGGUGGACCACCUUCGCGUCGAUCUAACUACCGUGUUAUUAUUGAAGGACUUCCCGCCACUGGAUCCUGGCAAGAUUUGAAAGAUCACAUGCGAGAGGCUGGAGAAGUUUGCUACGCUGAUGUUGCUCGAGACGGUACUGGAGUGGUCGAGUUUACUCGGUAUGAUGACAUGAAAUAUGCUGUGAGAAAAUUGGACGACACCAAAUUCCGCUCGCAUGAGGGAGAGACGGCAUAUAUCCGUGUACGUGAAGAUUCUACCAGCGGAAGUCGCACCCUCGUCAUUCAAUCUCGCGUAGUCGAUCAGCUUCGCGUUCAUUAUCUGGUUCUCGCAGCCGAUCGCGCGAUUGAGUCGAUCUUCACAUUCAAAUGGAUCUUCAAUGACAUUAAUGGUAUCGACGUCGUUCCUGUGCUUCCUGUACAAGAGAAUCGAUCGAUAAGUUUUCGGCCGCGCAGAUGCGAUAGAAUCAGCGUCGUAAACAAGACGGGGAGCGUAAACAAAAUGGGCCGUGAAGACACUCGUAUUUAUGUUGGAAAUCUUCCGGCUGAUGUUCGGGAGAAGGAUAUCGAGGAUAUCUUUACUAAAUAUGGCAAGAUUCGCUUCGUAGACAUCAAGGGUGGCCGCGGACCACUUUAUGCUUUCGUAGAAUUCGAGGAUGCACGUGACGCCGAAGAUGCUGUACGUGGCCGUGACGGCUACGACUUUGAUGGAUCCCGAAUCCGAGUGGAAUUCACCCGAGGAGUCGGACCACGUGGUCCGGGUGGACGACCAGUAGUUGGACCACGUGGUCCAGGCGGACGUCCAAUGAAUCCUGCUUAUGCAAGGGAUUGGCCCGCUCCUCGUCGUGGUGGUCCCCCAUCUCGCCGUUCUAACUUCCGUGUCAUUGUUGAAGGACUUCCACCAACUGGAUCUUGGCAAGACCUGAAGGACCACCUGCGUGAAGCUGGAGACGUAUGCUAUGCUGAUGUAGCUCGUGAUGGAACCGGUGUAGCGGAAUUUACGCGCUACGACGACAUGAAGUAUGCAGUACGAAAACUCGACGACACAAAAUUCCGUUCGCACGAGGGAGAAACAGCGUAUAUUCGCAUUCGUGAAGAUACGAGCGCUGGUCCUCGUAGCCGUUCGAGAAGUCGUUCACGUAGUCCUCGUCGUUCAUCUCCAAAAUAUAGUCCACGCCAGUCGCGCUCCCGUAGUCGCUCGCCAUCGCAUUCGCCAUCACGCUCUCGCAGCCGCUCGCACCAGGGACACUCUCUAGGAUAUCUUUCCAACACAGACUUGACGGCGCUCGAUUGGAACGCGUCGUGA